AAAAUAAAUAAAGGGCGGGUAGAGAAAAAUCUGCUUCAGUCAGUUCCUCGAACAGAGUUUAUAAAAUCUUUUGCCGGUUGAAGAAACAGGAAUCCAAACCAACCAUGGAAGAAUUGGGAAUCAAUGAAAUCCCAAAUCGAACCCUAAACGAUCUCCCCGACGAGAUCCUCCUCCACAUCCUCUCCCUCCUCCCCACACUCGACGCCGUCCAGACCUCCCUCAUCUCCCACAAAUGGCGGCCCCUCUGGUCCCGCGUCCCCUCCCUCAACUUCGACUACCAACUCUUCCCGCCGCGCGAGCCGCUCGAAUACACCUCCCAGUUCUACGCCGAGUUAGUAGACCGCGUUCUCAUUUUUCGCGCCAAUUCUCCCGUCCACACUUUCCGCCUCUCCUUCAUCUACCACUCUCACUACGGAUCCCACGUCGAAUCAUGGGUCCGAUCCGCCGUCACCCGCCUCCGCGCCCGAGAGCUCUACCUCGACUUGUUCGUCCACGACGAUUUUCACGAUGUGGAAACCGUAAAUCACUGGUACGAUUUCCCUUUCUCGGUUCUGAGAAAUGGGUGUGUUGAGAAAUUAGGCCUCACGCGCUGCUAUCUUACGCUGCCGGCUAAGCUGUCCACUCGGCGUGUUUGGUCGAUUCGGUCCUUGUUUCUCGAUCAGGUUUACUUGGCGGAUCAGAUGGUGAAAGAUUUGAUAUUGGGUUGCCCCAAUUUGGAGGAAUUGGAGCUCCAAAAGUGUUCGGGCCAUCGUCGUCUGAAGAUAUGUAGCAAAAGGCUUAAGAGGCUAACGCUUGGGAUGUUCUUUGAAUCUUCUAAACAAAGAGAGACGCUUUUGGUGGAUUGCCCGAACCUUCGUUCGAUCAGUUUUAAUUGCUGUAGCUUUUUCAGGUUGGAGCUUAAGAAUGCUUCGUCCCUGGUUGAGUUCCGGGUUGAUUUUGUGCAUAUGAUCCACCUAUCCUAUUCUUAUUGGAUUAAGGUUGUUGGGCUACUCGAACAAGUGCCUAAUCUUAAGCACCUUCAUGUGCAAAAUUGGUUGUUUAUGUUUCUGACAUCAAAGGAUUCCUUCCCGGAAAGUUUUAUGCUCCACAAUCUGAAGAUCUUAGAGCUACGAACUGGGUUUACCCAGUAUGAUCUUGUUGGCAUAGCUGCACUGCUUAAACUUUGUCCGAAUCUCGAGACAAUGAUUCUAGUAUACCCUCGCAAGUUUGACCCGGAUGAGAGUUUACCAGAAGAGUUGUUGGAUAAACCAGUUGAGUUCAGCAUCCCAAGUCUCAAGCAAGUUACGAUCAAACCGUAUACAGGUACAGAAGAUGAAGGUAAGUUCGUGAAAAUCUUGACUGAGCAAGGAGUUGUCCUAGAGAAGAUUGUACUUGUUCAUGGCCAAGUUGAGAACAGAGUAGUCGUUCUGAAGUCGGUUCCCCCGGUUGUUAUGUAUAAAAAGGGUUCACAAACUUGGAACUACUCUCUCCUCCGCAACUCCAAUUAGAAAAUGGACUUUGAGCUUAAAACGGGAAUCCAUCGGCUCCGUCUCGUUCCAAGGUUUGCUGUUGUUUGAACUUGGAUUAUGAAUCUUAGAUUACAUGGUUAUUACAGAUAUCAAAAUCUUAUUUCGAGUUUGUUUGCGAAUAUCUUCCGUCUUAUUUCUUUGUCAAAAUGACAUGUUUUUAUUAGACAUAGUUGUAAGGUUGAUCGUGUCCAUAUUAUUCCCUUUAUCAUGCUUUGAUUCCAUUA